AUGAGGGUGCGAAGGCCGGGCCUCAAUGUGAGACCCUUUGCACCUCUCAACGUCGGACAAUCCUCGCUGUCGCAACACCUGUCCCGGCCUCGAUGUCACACCCGCGCCUUUCAAAGCGACAGCAAGCCACCGGUCCCCAUCCCCGACUUCGCCUUUGCAUUUGAUAUUGACGGCGUACUGCUCCGCAGCGCCAAACCGAUCCCGCAUGCGGCCGAGACGCUUCAAUUCCUCCAGAGGAGCACGAUCCCGUUCAUCCUGCUCACCAAUGGCGGCGGGAAGCACGAGUCGGAACGAGUCCAAGAUCUGUCUAGCAGGCUGUCUAUCCCUCUUGACACGUCCAUGUUCGUGCAGUCGCACACGCCGUUCGCGGAGCUGGUGCACGGGGCGAACAGCUUGAAGAACAAGUGCAUCCUGGUGGUGGGCGGCGAGGGCGGGCACUGCAGGGACGUGGCGGAGAAGUACGGCUUCACCAACGUGGUCACGCCGGCCGACAUAUACAUGGCGCACCCGGAGAUCUGGCCGUUCGGCCGACCGUUCAAGGACUCGUACUACCGACAGUUUGCGCGACCGCUGCCGAAGCCGAUCAACCCGUCGAGUCCGGAAGAGAGCCUCAAGAUCGAGGCUGUGUUCGUGUACAAUGACCCGCGCGACUGGGGGCUGGACCUGCAGAUCGUGCUCGACGUCAUGCUGUCGCACCGCGGCCUCGUCGGCACCUACUCGUCCAAGAACGGCGACCGGUCGCUGCCCAACUCGGGCUACCUCCAGGACGGCCAGCCGCCGCUGUACUUCUCCAACCCAGACCUGCUCUGGGCCGCCGACUACCAUCUCUCGCGUCUCGGCCAGGGCGGCUUCCGCGAAGCCCUCGAGGGCGUCUGGCGUGCGCUGGCCAAGAACGCGAGUGGCGGUGGUGGUGAUGACCGUGACGGAAAUGGCCAGGCCGCGCCGGAGCUGUACAAGACCAUCAUCGGCAAGCCGUUCGAGGCCACCUACUCGUUCGCCGAGAAGCGGCUGCUUCGCCACCGCGACGCCCUGUUCGGCAGCCGCGCCCAACAUGUCCCGCUCAAGAGGGUGUACAUGGUCGGCGACAACCCGGAGAGCGACAUCCGCGGCGCAACUACGUACCAGUCGCCGCACGGCAUCGACUGGAUCGGCCUGUUGACUCGCACCGGCGUAUACAAAGACCGUGCGGGCCAUCGGCCCACUUGCGAGCCCAGGGCCAUCGUCGACGAUGUCCGGGCCGCGGUGCAGUAUGCCUUGAAAGAAAACAGUUGGCCUCGACUGCUAGAAUAG